UCUGAAUAGAGCUGUUCAGAUCUGUUUGGCACAGUCGGCACACAAAACACCUACACAGAACACUUCCAAAUUCCAGUCUACAAAAUUUGUUGUUUCCGAAAGAGAGCUCCAGAGCCCGGUCCGUAACGAUGUCCGACACGAAGAAGAUUGGCGACCGUCCGAGCCGGAGGCGGGAUCACGAGCGGGAUCCCGAGUGGAACCAGGAGCAGAACAACAUCAUGUUCAACCGACUGUUACAGACGCUGGCCACCGAGCAGCAGAAGCUGAUGGUUCUGGAGGAGAGCCGGGGGCGACUGAUGGAGGAUAUGCGCAACCUGCGCGCCCGCUUCAUGCAGGAGAACGCCCUCCUCCGGCGCAUCAUACAGAGGGGUGCAAGCUUGGAGGAUGUGGAAUCGCUCCGCGCCAACCCCAGCCGCAGCGCCACUCGGUCGAUGUCCUUUGCCAGACAGAGCCCGGCCAGCAGCCGCCAGCGUAAGCCCACGGUCCCCCAACAGGUGACUUCGAGGGUGAGUCUGAAGAAGGAGGAGCAGAGGACUUCGAGGGUGAGUCUGAAGAAGGAGGAGCAGAGGCAGGAUGCCCCCGCCAAUGACCCCGCCGGCAGUAGAAGCGUGCAAGUCCCGAAGAGGGUCCCAGGCCCCAAUUCGAGUCCCAAACCGAAUCCGAUUCGAAAAUUCCGGAAGCAGCGGCAACGCAACAUCCACGUCUCUGCCCAAAACAGGCAAAAGAUAGAGGCAAGCCAGGAGCAUGAUCCUGACGAUGUGCUCUAAUAGCUCUUCUAGCUCCGGGAACUGGAACUGGAACUGGCCCCACUGUGUCCUUCGAGAAGCGCCUGGAGCAGCCGCCUCAAGCACCUUGGCCUCAAAGUCAUCAUCCAGUUGUCGUCCUCCAAUCCUCCGCCCAGCCUGUGCGAUGACGGCGAGCAGCCGGAUCCCUGGAUGUUGAAUGGCUUCAUCAGUUGUCCGGAUUGAGCCACAGCCCCAAAUAGACCACAAGGAAUACAUGGAACACACAGCACCGAUUGCUGCCGACCCACACUUGAAUACAACAUCUGCUGUUCUGUUGUAACACUUUUUCAGUCCAAAUACAAACUACAUAAACACGAA